GCCUACUAAGGCGUUGAAUUUUGUCCCUAUAUAGAGUUGUUUAAAACAUAUAGCUACAUACAGUUUGUGAAAACUUGGGAUACCUCAGUGAUUUCUCCAGUUCUUUAAAGAGAUAAACGAUGGGGAUUUUCGAAGAUUUAUUUUAUCCCGGAAACCCUGAAAGAAGGGCUAAAUUACAACAAAACUUAGGGGCACUCUAUAAUAAUCUGACUAUAGAUGUGACGGCCACAAAUGAUCUUGUCGACAUCAUUAACACGCAUUUAAAAGGGAACCUGAAACACGUGUCUAUUGAUACAAAAGCGACGGUAAGAGCUAACGCUCAGAGCAUUGCAGACUGCGCUGAUGCCAUCAACAAGUUUGUCAAACAAAAGGUUAAAGAGAUAAAAACCAAACUGGAUCCGAAGAUAUUCAAAAUGCUUAUGGACGUAUCUGUUUCAUUUGAAGAAAAAAUCAAAGUCGCAGAAGAGUUUGCAGAAAGCCUCGGGCCGAUUGGUGGCAUUGUCGGACUAUUUUCUUGUUCAACAAUAGCUGAAAUGGAUUUCCUAGAAAAUGUUGUAGAGGUAGUUGGUGAGACAAUAACGGCUGGGUUUUCAGCUAUUGCUGUCGGAGUCUUAUUUCUUGGUAUUGAUGCGAUUGCUGAGGCAAUUAUUGGGGCAAUCGAAAGGGACAAGCUGAAUGCGGAGAUUGACAAAACCAAUAAAUGUGUAGCAAGCAUGCAAAAUAUGACAGGACCAUACAUUGCAAAGGUCGAGGAAAUCAAGGUGAAAAUUGAGAUGCUGAAGCCAAAGCCAAAGCCAAAAUAAACUGUAUAUGAUAUAUAAAUGGAUAUAAAUAUAUCAAAUUUUGUUAUUCUAAUAUGCCGGUAAUAAGCACAGAUACUGUAAUAGAGUUAUAUUUGCAACUUCUAGCUGAAGAGAAAUAAAUAUUUCAUUUUUCUUUUCUUUUAUGACAGCAUCACAUUUAUAUUACAUUACAUUUGUGGUUACAUAUUUCCUUAUUUUAUCAAAGUAAAACAAUAUAUCAAACGGAGUGUGACGGUUACUCGAAAAUAAAACAGAAUCUUUCAAUUAGAGAAUUUCUAUAAGAAUACAGCAAUAUACAAUACAAUGUAAAUAUUAUAUUAAUCUACACAUUUGAUAUAUCAACAAUUAAAAUGAUAUAA